AUGUCUACCUUGACAAUACUGUUGAUAUUAGCCUAUUGGAGUGCAUAUUGUGAAGGAUCCGAUCCGUGUGGAGAUUGUACAUGUGAAGAAAUUGGGAAGAACAAAACUCUUACAAGCUGCAUGAACCUGACCUAUGUUUCUUUGAACUCUUACGGUUUGACGGAUCUCAGUGGCUCAGCAUUUCAGAAUAACAAGAUCGUUACGGAUAUAGAUUUGUACCGUAAUCAACUUGUUCACCUACCUGCUGAGCUGUUCAACACCACAACCAAAUUACAGACCCUAAAUUUGAGGGAAAAUCAACUGGUUGACCUACCUGACGGGCUGUUCAAAGCCACAACUGAAUUAGAAACCCUAAAUUUGAGGUAUAAUCAACUGGUUGACCUACCUGACGGGCUUUUCACAGCCACAACCGAAUUACAAACCCUAGAUCUGGACGAUAAUCCAUUUGUUGACCUACCAGUCGGGCUGUUCAAUGCAACAACCAAAUUAGAAAACCUAUAUUUGAGCCGUAUUAAAUUGGUUGACCUACCUGCCGGGCUGUUCGACGCCACAACCAGAAUAAAGGUCAUAUAUUUCUGGGAUAAUAAACUUUAUUACCUACAUGCCGGGCUGUUCAACGCGACAACCGAAUUAGAAUCCCUACAUUUCGAUUAUAAUCAACUUGCUGACCUACCUGACGGGCUGUUCAAAGCCACAACCGAAUUACAAACCCUAGAUUUGAUUGGUAAUCAACUUGUUCACCUACCUGCCGAGCUGUUCAACACCACAACCAAAUUACAGACCCUAAAUUUGAGGCAUAAUCAACUGGUUGACCUACCUGACGGGCUGUUCAAAGCCACAACCGAAUUACAAACCCUAAAUUUGAUGUAUAAUCAACUGGUUGACCUACCUGACGGGCUUUUCACAGCCACAACCGAAUUACAAACCCUAAAUUUGAGGGAUAAUCAACUGGUUGACCUACCUGAUGGGCUGUUCAAAGCCACAACCGAAUUACAAACCCUAGAUUUGAAAGCUAAUCAACUUGUUCACCUACCAGCCAGGCUGUUCAACGCCACAACCAAAUUACAAAAGCUGUAUCUGGGCAGAAACAAACUUUCAAGCCUUCCUCAGAUUAUAUAUGGGAACCCAGGAAACGAGGUAGUGGUAGCGACUGGGCUGGAUUUGCCAUUUCAAGAAAGCGGGAUCGAAAUCGGGAGCGGAAGCGGCAGUGGCAGUGCUGGUGAAGGGAGCAAAUUAAUCAUAUUGAAUAUCCGAAACAACGCACUCAUUGCGGGUCAUCAACUAUGCAGAGCGUUUCCUCAAGGAACACCGGAGAAUCUUAAUGUUCUAGCAGACUCUGCAGUUAGUGAAUACAUCAGCAGUCUCAAUUCAACAUUUUGUUCCCAGAAUUGUGACAAUGCACCAAAAGGAGAGUCUACUUGCAGCACUGGCUAUAGAUGUAUGGGUGCUUUAUGGAACUAUACAUGCCACAUAGCAGUGGUAGACAUAUCCGCGACGUCUGACAUACUGAGUAACCUCACAGAUGUGCAGCCAACACCAUCCUCACUUCCACUAUCAGACACCUCUGUUGGCGCAAAUGUUACCCGAGAUUCACCCAGGAUGUCCAGUAGCGGCCCAUUCCUCCUUCCCAACAUUUGUAUCACCAUGGUUACAUUUACCUUGGCAAUGAUGACACUGAACGUGUGAUCCAUGGCAGUGCUGAUGGUUGUUUUGGAUUCUCUGCUUUGAAUUUGAAUUCCUGGCAUGUUUUUCACGAACUUUUCGUUUCCAUUUAUUAUCCACCCCGUAUAUUCAAUAUGUGAUCUACAGAGGGUUAAUAUCCAAAAAAUACAUUUGUAAACAUGAAGGCUCACCGGCAGCUGUUGAUGUAAUCACGGUCUCCCUCUCAUAUGUUUGUGCAGGAAGAAUUUGUGAUUGAACCACGUAAGAGAUUAGUUGAAUAGCUGG